ACGUACGACCCUGCGGCAGCAGACAGGUACUUCAACAAGCGUUGGGUUCUCAAGUACGGGAGGGCAGUGCAGCUGGCCUAUAUCCUGGGAGGAUGGGGGAUCGGGUUGUUGAGAGAUCGGUACGAGUAUGGGGGGAUCGGAGGACGAGGAAACAAGUGGGAGAAGAACAUGCCGAUGAGAGCCAAGCAGCUCCUGGGCCUGACCCAGCGCUUGGGCACCACAGCUAUCAAGAUUGGACAGGCUCUCUCCAUCCGCGGCGACAUCCUCCCUGCUCCCUACGUGAAGGAGCUGAGCGAGCUACAGGACCGAGUGAAGCCCUUCCCCAAUCACAUCGCCAUGGAGAUCAUAGAGGAGGAACUCCGCAGUUCCACAGGAGGCAAGAGCCUGAAGGGCAUCUUCCGCACCGUCUCCAGCGCCCCCGUCGCCGCCGCCUCCAUCGGGCAGGUGUACAAGGGGGAGCUCAUGGACGGGCAGGAGGUUGCGAUCAAAGUCCAGCGCCCUGACGUCAUCAAGGACAUCGCGCUCGACCUCUACGUCUGCAGGACCAUCGCCCCCCUCUGGAAGAAGUUCUUCAAGCUCAACAGCGACCUCGUCGGCCUCAUCGAUGAAUGGGGUGCUGGCUUUGUCAACGAGCUCGACUACGAGCGAGAGGCCGUCAACUCUCAGCGCUUCCUCGCCGCCAUGAGGGCCCGGGGCCUCGACGCAGUGACAACGGCUGAAGUUGUGGAGGAUCUGUCGACUGAGCGGGUCCUGACGACUCGCUGGGUGGUCGGGGAGAGGCUGGAGAAGAGCUCUGAGGACGACGUGGGAAGACUUUGCGGGGUGGCGCUGAACGCGUACCUGACGAUGCUGCUGGACACCGGGCUGCUGCACUGCGACCCGCACCCUGGGAACCUGCUGAGGACGGAGGACGGGAAGCUCUGCAUCCUCGACUUUGGGAUGUGCAUCGAGGUCGAGAAGGACCUGCAGUACGCGUUGAUCGAGUACAUCGCCCACCUCAUGUCCGAGGACUACAAGCAGAUCCCUCGCGACCUGAUCAAGCUCGGGUUCGUUCCUGCCGGGAAGGAGGCGCUGAUCCAGCGAGCUGGGGUGGUGGAGGCGCUCUCGGAGCGAGUGAACGUGGGGGACGUGGCAAGGAAGAUGGAGCAGCUGCAGGAGGACGACAAUAACUACUUCCAGAUCCCCCCUUGGAUGGCCUACAUCCUCCGAACCUUCUCCGUCCUCGAGGGUAUCGGCCUGCAGCAGGACGAGGACUACUCCAUCGCGCAGGAGUGCUACCCCUACCUCGCCAAGAGGCUCUUCUCCGACAGCUCCCCCCGGGCCCAGGAGGCCCUGCGGCAGAUGCUC